AUGGAGUCCGACGCUGGCUAUGGCCGCCGAUCGCCGCCGGUGAACUACUUCUCCGCCGACUUCUCCAUCAGGCUCCUCCUCUUCGCCACCUCCCUCACCGGGCUCGUCGUCCUCGCCACCAGCAAGCAGACGGAGCGAAUUCGAACGGCGGCGGCGCCGUUCUUCACCGUGCGCAGCGCCCAGUUUGACCACGCUCCCGGUCUCAUGUAAGCCUCCUCCUCCCUCCUCCGGCGGCGACGCCGCCUGGUUUGCUCACCGGAGUGGAUCAUGUUGAUGAAUUAUGGUCUGGGCAGAUACCUGAUGGUGGCUCUCGCCGCCGCCUGCGGCUACAGCGUCGUGACCCUCGUGGCCUCCGCCACUGCCGUCAGGAAGGCGUCGCCGUCGACGAAGCUGCUGCUCCAUCUCAUCAUCCUCGACGCGGUAAUCCCCCUAAAAUCUUGGAAUUAAUCACGGAAGCCGACGAUCCGGUUCUUCAGGAACUCCGUUAGAUUCAGGCGGUUGUCUCACGCGGUGUUGAACUGGAUGAACAUGCAGAUCAUGGCGGGCGUGGUGGCGGCGGCCACCGGCGCCGGCGGCGGCGUGGCGUACAUCGGCCUGAAGGGCAACUCCCACGUGAACUGGAACAAGAUAUGCGGCGUCUAUGACACAUUCUGCCGCCACGUGGCCAGCGCGGUCGGCGUCUCCCUUAUCGCCUCCAUCAUCCUCGUCCUCCUCGUUAUCCUUUCUGCGUAUUCCCUUUACCGCCGGGCUCACUGA